CCAUGCAAAUAAGUUAGUUGAUGUUGAUUGGAACUGAUUUCGAGAAAGCCGCCUCUAUAGCUACUUAGUAGAUAGUAUUUCAGCAUGGCUUCCAGUCUGACAAGGAUUUCUGGUUCUGCAAUCCGUUCUCGUAGGUCUUUCGGACGAUGGCAAACCUUUUCCAAUCUGAGCAACAGACAGAGAUUUCAUCAAUUUGGAGCUGUUUCCAGCAAUGCGUGUCGAUAUUGCGUUCCAAUAAUAUCCACCAUCAUAUCUGAUCAUCAUCACAGUUCACUUCGGCUAUUGUCGACGGAAACAAGCAGGGCAAAUGAUGACGAGGAUGAGGUAUCAUUGGAAGGCCGCGAGAUCAGCAGCACUAUGGACAACUGGGAAGAAUCCACAACAACCAGCUCUCCUCGAGACACUCUGAACAAUACGGCCAUUCGGGAAAUACGGGGACGCAUACUCAACCACAGCAGAAUGAACAGUUUUGAUGGCGCCUAUAAAUCCAACGCAUUAUUGGAUGAUCUCAUUGAAGAAUCGAUUCGGACGGGCCGUCAGCUGGUGAAUAUUUCCAUAUACAACAAUGUUCUGGAUGCGUGGUCCCGUUGUGGUCGGAAAGGUUGCGGAAAAGCCCUCAAGCUGCUAGAAGCCAUGCAUCAGAGACAUCAGCAACAUCCGACAUGCUGUCCAAGUCCCAAUACUGUCAGUUAUCAUUCCGUAUUGAACGCAUGCGCUCGUAGUGCUGCCAUGGGGCAUCCAGAAGCGGCACUGACGGCGGAAAAGCUCAUUAAAGAAAUGGAACAGCACAGUUCCGACCAUCCAGAGGGUGACAUUCAUCCCGUCACACAGUCCUACUCCACCGUCAUUCUGACUCAAGCCAAUCAAGCACACGAAGUGUACGGUGCGGCCGGGGCUGCCGAAGAUUGGCUCCAUUAUCUAUCCAAACUCAACACCGAAGGUGGACCCAGUGUCGAUACCCACUGUUUCAAUCACGUCUUGAAGGCAUGGAAAAUGUGCCCCGAAGACAAGGGGGCUGACAGAGCCUUGGAAGUUCUCAACUUGAUGAUGAAACUAUUUCGCAAUGGACAUCACGAAACGGUAGCACCGGAUGAAAUCAGCUUUGGACAUGUCAUUGACGCCUUUUGUCAGAGAAACCGACCGGACGAAGCAGAGGGAGUGUUGAAGAUGGCAUUGGCCUUCUUUCUCGACGAUGACACUGUGAAGCGUUUUCUGCUGGACAGACAAUUCAACUUGACAACUUGCUUCAAUAUCGUCAUUAGUGGAUGGGCCAAGUCUGAAGAGAGUGACGCGCCAGAACGAGCCACUGCUCUGCUCAUGGACAUGAAAGCCCUUUCCCAAGAGACGGACCAUGUUCUUACAGAACCAGAUGUCAUUACGCACACAGCGUGUAUCGAAGCCAUUGCCAGAAGUGGACGGGAAGAUGCUCCGGAAAUGGUAGAAGCCAAGGUGUUUAGCAUGCUGGAACAGCAUCGAAGGCACGGCAGUCGCACAGUACCCCCCAAUGCAGCAACAUUUGAUUGUGCCAUUCGAACGUGGUACCACCGAACGGGGAAACCAAAUCGCGCCCCACGAAUGGAGGCUCUCCUGAAUAAAUCCAUUGAAUUGGCACAACGACACAAUGAUGCAACGUUGGUGCCAAAACCACGAACUGUCAACAUGUGUAUUGGCGCUUGGGGCGAGACAAGUGUCAGUAAGGCCCUUGAUUUGCUCAAUCGGAUGGAGGUUGUGCCUUGUGUGAACCAUGCCAGUUACCUUCUAUUCCUCGAAAGGUUGCUGAGAGAUACUACAGACGACACCACUGCAGAGAAGCAAGAAAAAGCGUUUGCAGCAGCGAUCGUGUUGGAAAAGUUUCAAACGCAAGUGAUUCACCGGGGCAUUAUGAAAUGGCCCGCUGAUCCUUUGAAGCUAUACAAUCGAACCCUGUUUGCCUUGGCGAAAGUGGGGACUGGUGACGCUGCAGAUCGAGCAUUUAGUCUCCUUGAAGGGAUGGAGAGGAACGUGAAGCAAAGUGCAAGGCCGAACGUUGCAUCAUAUACCGCCACCAUUAGAGCUUUGUCCAAGCGGCCUAACAAAGCUCGCACACAGAAAGCGCUUCUGAUUUUUGAACACAUGUGGAAGUUGCAUCAUGACAAAAAAAUUAAACUCGACACUACUGCAUUCCUAGCAAUGAUGAGCUACCUUGCCAAUGUGAAGGAAAGAUGGGCGGCGGAUCGAGCAUAUGAUCUUUUGGGGAAUUUGAGUCAAAUGCAUGCUAAGAGCCGUGAUCACAAGAAGCUCUUGCCCAACUACAGAUGCUACGACAAGUGUCUUCAAGCUUUGGCACGUUGCGAAGACCUGGCGUCGUUGCAAAGCUCGGUGAAGAUGCUGCAACAUUUUGUAGAAGAAUUCCGUGAAACAAGGUCAUAUGAUCUUCCUUCUGAAGCCGGCAUAAACACAGUUAUCACAUUCUGUAACCAACAUGGCGGCGACGAAGGCAAGAGAUUGGCAGAACAAGCAACAACAAUCAAAGAGGAGCUACGACAUGAAGGCAAUUUGCACUCAUUUCAAAGUCAUUCAUUUGACGCCAACUGAUAAUUCGAAGAGUAGACUAAGCUAAUACUUGCGAUGCUCGACU